CGUCUCUUCAAAUAAGUCCUAUUAUAUAAAUUUUCGUCUUGGACGCGUGCAGCUAAAAUGUCAAGCAAAGGCAGAAUUGUUAUUUGUAUGCUUCGUAACGAUCUUCGUUUUCACGACAAUGAGGUGCUUGCUUGGGCCAACAAAAAUGGGAACUAUUUACUGCCAGUCUAUUGCUUUGAUCCUCGUCAUUACGGAGGAACUUACAAAUUUGGUUUCCCUAAAACAGGACCACAUCGUCUGAAGUUCUUGUUAGAGAGUGUGAAAGAUCUUCGUAACACUCUGAAGUCACAUGGAAGUGGGUUGGUUGUUCGCAAUGGUAAGCCAGAAGUUGUUAUUCCAGAGUUGAUUCAGAAGCUAGGCAAUGACGCUGUGCAUGCAGUUGCAUUUCAUGAAGAGGUAACUCAGGAAGAAUUGGAUGUGGAGAGAGCCCUCAAGCUACAAUGUGAGAACAAAGUCAUACAGAAAAUUUGGGGUCAUACAUUGUUUCACAGAGACGAUUUGCCAUUUUCUGUUAAACAGUUACCAGAUGUGUAUACACAGUUUCGGAAGCGUGUAGAAGGAUCAUGUACUGUAAGACAAUGUAUAGAGAUGUCAGAGCAGUUGAAUCCGUUACCAGAGGGUAUAGAAGAGGGAGAAAUACCCAGCAUGCAACAGCUUGGGAUACAAGAGGUAGCCCCUGACUCUAGAACAUCUUUCCCAUUUUCUGGUGGUGAGACUUCUGGUCUUGAGAGAGUUCGUCACUUCCUGUGGGAGACUGAUGCUGUAGCAACAUACAAGGAGACUAGAAAUGGAAUGAUUGGUGCCGAAUAUUCUACAAAAUUCUCAGCAUGGUUGGCACAUGGUUGUAUCUCUCCAAGAUAUAUCUACUAUGAGAUAAAACGUUAUGAACAAGAGAGAGUAGCAAACAAUUCUACAUACUGGGUGAUAUUUGAGCUGUUAUGGAGGGACUAUUUUAGAUAUGUCGCACUGAAGUAUGGAAACAAAUUGUUCUAUCUGUCGGGUAUACAAGGAAAACAUAUACCAUGGAAAAAGGAUAAGGAAUUAUUCAGAGCUUGGAAAGAGGGAAGGACUGGUGUACCUUAUGUAGAUGCCAAUAUGAGAGAGGUGGCAGCCACAGGUUUCAUGUCCAAUAGAGGAAGACAGAAUGUAGCAAGUUUUCUUACCAAAGAUCUGAAAUUGGAUUGGAGACUAGGAGCAGAGUGGUUCGAAUCUAUGCUUAUAGAUCAUGAUGUAUGCAGUAACUAUGGUAACUGGUUGUACAGUGCUGGGUUAGGCAAUGACCCAAGAGAAGACAGAAAAUUCAAUAUGGUCAAACAGGGACUGGAUUAUGAUCCUGAGGGAGACUAUGUUCGGUUAUGGGUACCGGAGCUGAAGAAUGUAUCUGGUGGUAAUGUACACACAGUAUGGACAAUGAGCAAUAAUGCCCUAUCCAGGGCUGAUGUAUCACUAGGAGAAACAUACCCUAACCCUGUUACUAUAGCACCAGAGUGGAGCAGACACUAUGGUAAAUCUGGUGGUGCUAGUGCACGUGGUGGGGCACGUGGAGGUGGCCGGGGAGGGGGACAUGGACAAGGUGGAAGACAUGGAUCUGCAGGGCAGAAACGUGGAAUAGAUUUCUACUUCAAAGGCUCAUGACAUUGAUAAAUCUCUGGGAAUAUUUAUAGAUUUACGUCAAGCUUUAUCGGGUGAAAUUACAUUGGGUGGGAAUAAGGAAAACAUCUUUAUUCAAUGAUAGAUACGAUUUACUCAAUGUAGAUAACAACUUGUCUACCAACAGAAACGUGCUAAAUCCAUUCACCUGUCAUUUAUGUGUUACAUAGUACGCUGGUGUGAUACAAAAGACAUGAUUGUUGAAUAUUGACCUGAAUUUAAAUCGCUGACAAGGCAAAAGAAUAAGUGUGUCCAGCUGAUGUUAUUUUAUUUGAGAAAGACAGGUUAUGUGAAGUAAUGUAGUUAGUUUAUAGAUGAAUACCUGUUUUUUUUAGAAGGAACACUUCUGUGGGGAUGUUGUUGUUUUUUGUUCAGAUGUGUUUGAAGUUUAAAGUAACUGUUUUGGCUAUUUAUUAACAAUUUUUCUGUGGCACUGCCAUUACCUUUACAUAAAUUAUGUUUAAACUGUUGUCAUGUUUUUCAUGUAUAUAUUGAUAUUAAAAGCUACAUCAAUGAUAAAUCAAUUGUAUUAAGAAGUUUAAUUUAAAUCUUGUUUAUCCCAGGAUUUUGUUAAGCUUUACAUGCAUUCACUGUUAUUUAGUCAUUUACUUCUAGUGUUUAUCUUCACAUUUAAACUAGGACUUUUCCUGUUUUCCUUUCAAAUAAACUCUGAUUCAAUGCUGUUAUAAUGGGUACAUUACCUGAAUAAAACCAAAUAAUGUCA